CUGGAAGCCCACGGAAUCAUGGCCAGUGACAACAGCUCCCGUUCAGACCCGCGGCGGCCCGCCGGCAUAGAUGACCCGGGCUAUUCGCAGCCGUCAUUCAAACGUCAGAGAACUGCUCUGGCUUGUAACAGUUGUCGAGUGUCUGAUGGGCACGAGGCUAGACUGACCUCCAUAGAGCAAACGCUGCAGCUUCUUUUGGAGGAGAACCGGCAGAGGAAUAGACAACAAGCUGCCUCGGGGGUGGCUGACUUUUCGUCCAUUGACUCCCAGUGCGGUACAUAUGCAACUUCCCAGGCUCAGGAAGGAGACGCAGCGGCUGCGUCUCAUUACGGGAAUUCCGUCGCCAAUAUCCCAGAAGAUGACACUGUUGAUGGCAUGGGGGCCAUAAAAUUUGCGGAUGAGCAAGAGUCUGGCUUCUUUGGGCCGUCGUCCACCGUGGCCUUUAUAAAGCAGAUUGCCGGUGCAGUUGCUACUGCAUCUUCUGUUGCCUCAGGCCCAGGACCUGAAGAUCACGUCCUCCCUUCCGAGAGCCGAGUCAACGGCGAGCUGCUACGCGUUUCUAGACCUGCAUCGCCCGUAACUAACCCCCAGGUCUUCAACGGCGCAUCAGACAUUGUCGAUGUGUACAUCUUGCCCCCAGAGGCAGAGACGCUCCAUCUCGUAAGCUUGUUUUUCAGGGACACCGGCAUGCUGUUCCCAUACAUUCACGAGCAGUCAGCACUCGACGGAGUCAAAGCUGUGAAGAGAGGCGGCUUUGGCUCGGCUCGACGCUCGUGGCUGUGCCUGCUCAAUAUGAUUUUGGCGUUCGUGACCUGCAUCAGUACCCAACCUAACCAACCUGUGGAACAAAGCGCGGCCGACUCAAAUGUCUACUUCAAGCGGGCUCAGAAACUCUCUGGAAACCUGACCUUCAAGAAUGUCAACAUAGAGAUUGGUAAGAACAGCCUGCCCUCUCCCGGUUUCCCGUGCUUGCUAAAGAGUUUUUGUGCAGUCCAGUAUCUGCUUCUGAUGACCCAGUACCUGCAGGGAACGCAGCGCUCGGCCCAGACGUGGAAUGUUCACGGGUUGACAGUCAAAGCUGCGCUGCAGCUGGGGCUCCAUGUUGAGAAUGCCUCGCCUGGGUUCAAUGCUGUCGAGAGAGAGGUCCGGAAGCGUACCUGGUUCGGAUGCAUCAUUUUGGACAGGACAAUGAGCAUGACCUUUGGGCGGCCCCCGGCCAUUCCGACCCAAUACGUCCGGAUGGAGUUGCCCGUAAGCGCUGAUCUUGGGUCAUUGACCUCUGGGGACGGAUUCCAGCCCGAAGAUGGAGGUGGUACUUCUACAGCCGCGUUCUUUGUUGCCACCAUCACCCUGUACCAAAUUCUUGGCGAUAUCAUUGCAAAUCAGUACGACCAGAACAUUGGGACUUCGACCAAUACCUCCCUAUCAUGCUUGUUGGAAAAUACAAUCAGAUUGGAGGGCCAGCUUCUAGCGUGGAAACGCGGCCUGCCUGACACUCUUAGCCGAAGGCCGUGGGAUGUGAAGUCAGGGGACUCUGGAGCUGACGUUGUUUUUGACAAAUUGUCCGUCAUUCUCGAGCUGAGGUAUCUCAACAUCCGCACUCUGCUCCAUCGGCCGGUCCUCGCGAGGUAUCUGGAGCAGCUGCGACCUGAUGGUCCAGACCAAAAUGAGAUGUUGUGGAUGCAGCGCUUUGGGCAGCCAUAUCUCGAGGCGUGUAUUGAAUCCGCCUCGGAAAUCAUCACCAUCGCCCACAACCUCAGUGAUACACCAUCGACGCUCGGAGCUUGGUGGUUUUCCACCUAUUACACUUUCAACGCAGCACUGAUUAUCUUCUCGGCACUGCUCAUUCAUGCCAACGAAAAGUCAUGGCUGUCUCAGAGUGACAUCCGCACCACAGACCUCCGUGCCAGCCUACAACUGGCUGCACAAGCUCUCCGGAAACUUGGGAAUGGCGCGAGGCUCUCUAGGAGGUGUUGCAAAUUUUUGGCAGUUCUCGUGCGGACAACGGCAGUAACCGGUUAG